UGCUUCUCAUGAUCUCGAGUUUCGUGCUCGCUUUCCACUUUUCGGAAGCCUUUUUUCCUCUGCGUUGUUCACCUCCAAUGAAUGCUCUCUCUCCUCUCCAUGUGAACUAUGAAGACUAGACUUUCUCUAAAAUCUCUUCAGCCAGAAACUUCUUUCUCUUUCGACAAAGAAAAAAAAGAAUCUUCUUUCUCUGCUUUUAUACCUUUUCAUUUCUCUUUCGCCUUUUUAUUUUAACGUUUUCAAAUCCUUGACUAGUUAGUCAUUUUACUUGUAGCACUUUGCUGCUGUUCUCCAUACCUCUGACAACUUAUCUGUCAGUACUCCCCGUUGUUUUCUUGUCUUCUAUCAGGCCUGCAAAAAUAUAUUAAAAAAGUCACUUUUUUUUUGUUGAUUUGUUGUUUCAUUUUCAAGAAAUACAGGGAAUUUAGGACUCCCUUUGAACUGUUCUUUUAUUUUCCAAGUAAUUUUUUUUUUAAAGUAGAAAUGGCAAUGCAGGUUCAUAUAUGCUGUGGAUCUGGAGUGUAAAGGGAUUUCAAGAAAUAGGAGUUUCUGGGUUGGAGGCAUUGCCACGAUUUUUAUUUUGUUAGCUAACUGACACCCUUUUUUAAGGUAACUUUGACAGCUUUAUCUUUGGUUUGUGAGCUGACAUAGUUUUACAGGGUACAUGAUGGAAAGAAUACAUGCAAUCUGUUUUGUCUUCUUCCUGGCUGCAGAAUCUUGAUCAUCUAUCAAAGUGGUUUAGAAAGCUAUUCCUAAAAAUUUUGACCAGCAUUUGGUAAUUUGGGGGCUUUAUAGGGUACUGGUUUGAGUUAUAGCUGGGUAAACUUGGACUUGUCAACGUUGAAGGAAUGGGUUGUGUUGCAUCAAGCAUUGAUAAAGAAGAAAGGGUGAGAAUUUGCAAGGAGAGGAAGAGAAUAUUGAAACGGUUGUUGGUAUUGAGAAAACAGUAUGCUGAUUCCCAAUUAGAAUAUUUAAGGGCAUUGAGAAAUACUGGAGUGACCCUUCGCCAAUUCACUGAGUCAGAGUCAUUGGAAAUUGAGGAUGGUGCUUUGGGUCAUGCACUGCCACCCUCACCUCCUCCCCCUUUGCCGCCUUCCCCUCCUCCCCCACCGUCUUUUAGCCCUGAUUUGAGAAACUCUCAUAACAAUCACCACAUGAAGACUUCUGAAGAGGAAAUCAUAGACAUUGAUGAGGACAAUAGUCACACUCCACCACCUCCAGUUCUGAGUACGUCGUGGGAAUACUGGGACCCUUUUGGUUCAACAUCACCGAACUGUCAACAGAAGAGUAAGAUAGAGGAGGAGCAAAUUGAGGAGGAGAACUGGGCAGAGGCGAAUACUGAGUUUGAGGAAGAAGAUCAGGUGGAUGUAGUUGCUGUAAAUGAUACUGUUGAUAUUACUCCUGUCAAGAAACAAACUGCCAGUGUUGUUGAUGAAAAUUCUUCAGUGAUGAGCUGGCACACCAAGGAUACUGCAGACUUGUCCAUGGUAAUCUGGAGAAGAAAAAAGACUUUGAGUGGUAUUAUUAGGGAUAUAGAUGAUUAUUUUGUGAAAGCAUCGGCUGGUGGGAAGGAUGUAGCUGUUUUCCUGGACUUCAACGUGGCUGACUCUCCUCUCUACCAGAGUAUUAAUGAAAACAAGAGGAAGAGAAGCAACUCCGCAAAGGUCUUUAAUGCAUUGACAUGGAGUUGGUCCUCAAAGUCACUUCAGUCUACUAGGGAUGCUGGAGAUACCUGCGGCCCUAGUGACCCCUGCAAGCCUGGAGCUCAUUGUGUUACUCUUGCCAAACUUUAUGAUGCAGAAUGGAAGCUCCACCGGGAAGUAAAGGAAGAAGAGCUUACCAAGUUGGAACAUGAAAAGAAAUCAUUAAUGCUGCAAAAGCUAGAGGAAGAAGAUCAUGACUGGUCAAAGACAGACAAAGCUCGGUCAGUGGUUGAAAGUUUGCAGUCUGAUAUUUUAUCUCUGCAACAAUCAAAUAGUUCGACUUGCUCAACCAUAUUAAAGCUCAUAGAUGAGGAGCUGCAUCCUCAGCUGAUUGUAUUAAUUUCUGGGCUGAUGUGCAUGUGGCGAAGGAUGUACGAGUGUCAUCAAGUGCAGAACCAUAUCGCUCAGCAGCUGAAUCAUCUUGUGAAUCAGCAGAAUAUGGAACCUACUAGUGAAUACGAUCGGCAGGCUGCAGCCCAGCUUAAAACUGAAGUUAAUUCCUGGUAUAACAGCUUGUGCAAACUUGUCAAAUCUCAGAGAGAAUAUAGGGCUCUGGAGGCCAUUAACAGCCUUUUAUCAGCUGUCCGCUCCAUAGUUUUACAACAGGAAGAAGAAGUGAACCUGUAUAAGAGAUCUGAUAAGCUUGAGAGGAGGCUAGAACGUGAGCUGAACUUGCUAUCUGAAAUGGAGAUGAAGUUUGAGGGUAGCUUCACUAAUGAAGAGAUGCAGACUGUUCUGGGCCCAAAGCAUCCUUUGUCAGUCAAGCGAGCUAAAAUUGAGGUAUUGAAGAAACGUGUGGAUGAUGAGAAGUCUAAGUAUAUAAACUCUAUUCAAAACACGCGAGCCAUGAUAUUGAACAACUUACAAACAAGCCUUCCUAAUGUGUUUCAAGCGUUAAUGGCAUUCUCAAAUUCAUACACUGAAAGCUUUGACACGGUGCUUAGCUAUGGAAGACGAGCAGAAAAUGAUGAAGCGUUUCCAAAUCCUGCAUGUUAAAACUUAGUGAAAUUGUAAAGUUCUUGGCAGUGUUUCAGAUUGAGAGUGCUUCAGGAUGGAAGAGUAUUUAUAUGUAAAUUCAGUUUCAAAGAAAGCUCUAUGGGACUAUAAACAUGGAGAAAUGCAACACAAGGAACAUCGUCUCUGGUUAUACAAGCUUUUGGUUGCGAAGCUCCAGAAUUAUUCAUCAAUUCCAUGUAGAAACCAGUAGAGCAAAAUGAACAGUUUUUUCUUAAUGUAGACAAAAUGUGGGUUCUUGAUACAGAGCUCCUGAAGUUACCCCAAAACAAAAAAAGAAAGAAAGAGCAGAGCUCUUGAUGGUUGGCUUCUAAAGCCAGAUGGAUGCUGGUGUUUGAUCUCUAUUCUCAACUAUGACAAACACAGAGGUAGCAAUUGCACA